CUUUCUCUCUCUCUGACCGGCCUAUCCAACCCACCCCGGUUCAUAACGUUCACCGACUGUCGGUGGAACACCAUCCGUUGAUUCUCGUACUGCGCCGCGGGACCCUCCGGUUUUAAAACAUACUCCACCAGCGUUUGUUUUCGUUCCACUUUAGCGUCUUUUUUAACGGUUCAUUUGAUCGUAGGCGCAUUGUUGGUCACUCUCUCCAGGACAGAUCCUGCAAUAAAAAGAGCCGUGACAUACCAAGAGAGGAUAAAACCUGGACUCCAGCCACGCGUGUUCCUUAGUCCGGCGUGGAGAUAGGAUUGGUUGUGCGUGUGGGUGCUUUUCGUUUCCCUGGUAGGAGAGCAUGUAAAGGAAGGAGAAGUGUCCUACUGGUCCAGCGCAGGACCGGACCGGAACACGAGGAGGACCACUGGGGGAAGGCGGAGGCUGCAAUGGAAAAUUUCUUCUAAAUAACCAUCGAAAGUGUCGCCAUGGGUCGAGGAUCAUUUCUUGGGGUGUAGGCGUGUCGGUGGCAAGUGAACAGCAUAAUGCAGUGCCGGCAGAUGGGUGGCGGUGGUCUCUCGCCCCCUGGAGAGACUGAUAAGGGAGGUGUAGCUGUCGCUCGGAGCGGAGGCCGGGGGUAACUGGCGGCCGGUGGCGAGGCCAUCGCAUUGAUCUGAGAGAUUGACCUGAUCAACCUCCCCCCACCCCCCAGAGACACACACAAGCGCACCUUUUCACCUGACCUCUGACCUCUGAUCAGUAACGAGAGAAUCAAAGCAGGAAGUCAGAACCAGGAUGGAUCCACAGGUGAUCCUAGCAGCGCUGCCACCGCACCACCCGCCCGCCACUUUGGAGCUCAGGCGGACAUUCUGGCUCUGACUCGGCUUCUCUGAACUCCUGUAAGCCCGAGAGUUACAUGCGUGGAGAUAGCCGUGAUUCAAAGCGAACAGGGCGAGCGAAGCCCUUUGAAGCCUUCUGUGGCCGGAGGGGAUUAAUUCACCUUUUUCUGACGAAAAAGACGGGACUCAACGACACUCCGAUCAGCCCACUCUCUCUCGCUCUCGCUCUCGCUCUCGCUCUCGGUCUCGGUCUCUCUCUGUCUCUCUCUCUUUCUCUCUCUUCACCUUUAUUUGAAGAUUCAGCUUCCCCUCCCCUACCUCCCUCCCCCACCUCCCUCCCUCCCUCCCCACCCAUAAUGGCCGCUCCACUUCCAUCUCCUCACUCCUGCGUCGCCAUCUGCUGGUGAGGAGGGCUCACUGCGUCUCCCCGCUGACUUAACCCCCCCUCUGGGCCUGGCGGCGGCGGCGGCGGCGGCGGUUGUGGCGGUGGGGGGUCUCCCUCGGACGAUGGGCGCCCCGGGCAGGGCCCUCCUGGGGGCGUUGGGCUCCGCCACCGCCUCCUCCACGCUGGAGGCGGCGGCGGCGGUGGAGCCCGGGUGGCUGGCCUGGCCCGCCAACGGCUCCUUCGACUUCAACCAGAGCGCGCUAGCCUGGGGCCUGGGCCUGGGAGCGGGGCUUGGGCUGGGGGGGGGCGGGGCGGCGGCGGCCAUGGCGCCCGGCGGGCUGGACUCCAACAUCUCGCAGCCCCGGCCCUCGGCGGCAGCGGGGGUGGUGGCCGGGGCGGGGGGGCUGGCGGUGCGCACGGUGAUGGAGGAGAAGAACUGGCCGGCGCUGCUCAUCCUGGUGAUCAUCGCGCUGACGGUGGGCGGGAACAUCCUGGUCAUCCUGGCCGUGUCGCUGGAGAAGAAGCUGCAGAACGCCACCAACUUCUUCCUGCGCUCGCUGGCCGUGGCCGACAUGCUGGUGGGCAUCCUGGUCAUGCCCGUCUCCCUCAUCAACAUCCUCUACGCAUCACCGCAUGCCCGUGUUUUAUUCCAGAGCAAACCCUCAGAACCAGUGCUGACCUUGACAAUUCCCUCCCUCUCUCUCUCCCCUGUCUCCCCCGUCUCCCUCGCCCUCUCUCCAGGUGUGUCCAUGCCCAUCCCGGUCAUCGGCCUCAACAACAAGGACAAGGUGUUUGUGAACGGCAGCUGUGUUAUGAACGAGGAGCGCUUCAUGCUGAUUGGCUCCUUCGUGGCCUUUUUCAUCCCAUUGGUGAUCAUGGUGGUGAGCUACUGCCUCACCAUACAGGUGCUCCAGAGGCAGGCCAGCGUCUUCCUGUAUGAAUCAAAGACUUCCUUCAACACCACGGCUCCGCCCACCUCACUACCGGACCCGCCCACCAAGUUCCACAUCCCCAAGAUCAACACCAUCGCCCCCCCAGACUGCAAAGAAGUACAGGCCACGCCCCCGCAGAGCCGACGCAACACGCUGAGCUGCCUGAAGGGGGUGGAGCCCGGCAUGCUGCUGAGGGCGUCGCCCACCGACAGCGUCAACAUCCUUCCUUGCUUCGAGGCGGCGUCGCAGCUCAGCUCGCCGGCCAUCGGGCCGGGGCGGGGAGACUCCACCGGUUGCCACGGGCGACGGGGGAUGAUGCAGGCCAUCAAGAACGAGAGGAGGGCUUCCAAGGUGCUGGGCAUCGUCUUCUUCCUCUUCCUCAUCAUGUGGUGCCCGUUCUUCAUCACCAACGUCACCUUCGUCCUGUGCCAGGGCUCCUGCAACGAGCCCCUGCUGGCGGAGCUGCUCAACGUCUUCGUGUGGGUGGGCUACAUCUCGUCGGGGGUCAACCCCCUGGUCUACACGCUCUUCAACAAGACGUACCGCCGCGCCUUCUCCAGCUACAUCCGCUGCCGCUACCAGACGGCCGCCAACGCCGCCGCCGGCACGGGCCCCGGGUCCAGGGGCCUGCUGGCGCCGUCGUGCUCCUCGCACGCCCCCACGCCCCUCCUGACCGGCGGAGGGGCGCGGUCGGGGGCGGGGCGCGGCAGCAACAGCUGGCGGAACGGCGGGGGGGCCCGGGGCAGCGGCGGGGGGCCGCGGGGGCUGACGGUGGACCCCGACGACCUGACGGACGACGGGAGGCGGGCGUCGGCCGCCAGCGCGUCGGAGAGCCAGGCGCUGGCGGCGUCGCCGGAGGGCAGGGCGUCGCCGGGGGCUGGGGCCCCGGCGCUCUCGGAGACGGAGACGGAGAUGGAGAUGGAGACGGACCUGUCGGUGGCCAGCUACAGCCCCUCCUCCAGAGAACUCACCAGCAGCGUGUGAUUGGACGGACGGACGGACGGACGGUCGACGCCCCGCCCCGCCCCGUGGAGAGGCGCCGUUUCCCGAUUAGCUCGGAGGACGGCGUUGUGGUUUCGCUGAACAUUUGUCCACGGGCGGAGAAGUGGGGACUUCUGGGUAAUGAGUAACGAGUAACGUCACCCGGAAACCGAAAGAGUCUCGCGAGGUCCUACAUUGCAGAGUGUGGAUUUGGUUGUCAUGGAAACCAUGGACGCCGGUGCUCCCACUGAGCACUCCUGUCGCAGAAGGGAAAGGAGGGAGGGAUUGAAAACGGUUCAAUGUCAGAGGACUUUGGGCUAUUUUCAGGCAUCCUUUCAGGAAGUACAGUAGACGUGUUCAAGGUCUACCGAAAACAAACCCAAAAAGAGAUGACAAAAUAUACACGGGGCAAUAAACUUGGCAGGCCGUUCACGGUUUCAGCUAGCUCUGUAUUUGUGCCUGUUGGUGUUUGUACUAUUACGUAGAAACCUGAACCCAAAGUGUACGUAGGAAGUAGUGCAACGUUGUGUAUUUCAAAGUGUUGCCGGAAAAGAUUGGGUUCAGACUUUGAAGUCGGGAGAGACAUUGUGACGGUAGACUUGUGUGACCUUCCACCUGAAUGUGAAGUGCAACCGUCUGAGAAGCCCAACAGACACUAGUUAUGGAGGCCAGUGUUGGCUCCCACUUCACCAACGGCUUUCACUGUCAACAAAGCAGUCUUCAUAAGUAUUGAACCAUCUCAACACCAAGCAAAACAAACCAAAUCUAUUUUUGUUCUGGCUGGUGCUUAACAAUAACAGUAUCAAAACGUCAGUGAAAUAUUUUCUGUGUGUUCUUCCGUUGGGAAACUUAAACGAAGAAUUUGGAUUUUCAUUGACUGUGUAGGCCUAUGUCGACGAGGGCGAGAAUGUACGGACCGUCGCUCUGUGACGGCGUCACAGUGACACCAUGUGGUCACUUGGAGGAGUUACAACCAGAGGGGUUUUCUCUCGUUGAAUAUGAAUGACGGGUGAUAUCCGCCGUUCCCUAGAUAGUAGAACUGUGAUACCAUGCUCGCUCCAAUAAAUACGACCAAUCAAAUGCUCUCUUUGGACAAUACACCAAAAUGGCCGCAGGUUCAAUUAACAACAAAGAAAUAAUGAUAACGAUAUGGAAAUAUAUCAUGUGAUUGACAUAGACAUGACACGAGAUGAUCUAUUCAAUUAUGUAUGAUAAGAGAUGAUGUAUGAUAGUAUAUAUAUAUGAUGUAAGUUAUCAGAUAUAUGAUAUGAUAGGGAUGGGAUCAGUUGCAUUGUCACAGAGUAUGAUUGACCAUAACAGAAACAGAAACACACUCCCAUCGGGUCAAUCCUUACAAAAAGCAUAAACUAGAACCUCAUUAGCCCUCACAAGUCGAUUCUACAGCCAGAGAGAUUUCCAUCGACGCGUCAAAGCUUUAACUGAAUGUACGUCUAACUGUCGCGCAGAUGAUUGACACCUACACCUGACCAAUCAGAUGGCCAGCCUGGUUCACCACCCUUCCCCUUCAUUAAUUGUGGAUUAAGAAUGAAACCAUAUGACUUCUGAAGCGGGAAUGCCUCUUCCGUACAUUCUAAUUCUGUGGAUCUGUAUCUAUGUAUUAUUUGUAGCUGCUGUUUGUGCACUACAAACUCACAGAGUGGUCGUCCCUGGCGACUACACUCCACUCCGAUUGGAGGGGUCUUAACGAGCUAAUACAAGUUGGCUGGCCACUCUGAAGUACAAACUGGCUGUUGGCAUGAGAGGAAUGAAGAUAGAAAGCAUGAGAUACAAUGAUGGAAAGCGAGAGAGAAAACGAGAGCAAGGACGAAAUCAUGCAAAAUAAAUAAAGGAGAAAUGGCAAUAGAAAGAAAGACCAUUAUGUCAAAGAAAGACGAUUAAAUUCAGUGCAGCAUCAAAAUCAAACAACCUUUUCAGCUUCAAUAUCAACACUGUUUUGCCCGAUGUUGCAACUCUGUCCAAUAGAAAGACAUGAAUGACGGGAGAAUUCAAGA